AAAAAUCUCUUUAACUUUGCAGACCAUGGAACCUAAAAGAUUAAUGUCACUAAUAUUAUUUAUGAACUUAAUGGCGAUAUAUGGAACCAAUUCAGUUUUGCAGAUUCUUGGAAUAAAUGGAGAACAGAAUGCAAGAUCUGAAGUAGAGAACUUCGCAAAUGCUUCUUUUGUUCCUUCAAAUAAUAACAAUUCCAUUCAAUAUCUACUCUACACUCCAGAACAACCCGAAGAAGUCUGUUACUUCGAACCCAACGAUGCAAACGAAUGUGUGUUUAAUGUGACUUAUGAAACCAAAAUUCUGGUACAUGGUUACACUGUACAGUUAUUACCAGGAAACUAUUUCGAGCAAAUCAAAAACAAAUUAUUGAAAUAUAACAGCUAUAAUGUCAUCAUUGUAAAUUGGACCAACUAUAAUGGACCUUCAUAUCUUUUGGCCAAAGCAGAAGCCUAUCUAGUGGGAAUCAAUAUUGGAACAAUGAUAAACUUCCUUGUGUCUAACAAAGGAAUGAAUCCAUCAAAUGUUCACAUAAUAGGUCACAGUUUAGGAGCGCAUGUGGCUGGAGUUGCAGGAAAGCAAGUGCCUAAUUUAGGAAGGGUAACAGGUUUGGAUCCAGCAGGGCCAUUCUUUACUACAUUUAUAGAGUUUAACAGAUUGAGCGUUACAUCAGCGAAAUUAGUAGAUGUAAUGCAUACCAGUAAUUAUCUAACAGGCGUAGGCUUAGGCAUGGGCGAUGCAAUUGGUUCUAUCGACUUUUAUCCAAACGGUGGAAAUGAGCAACCUGCUUGUCAAAUGGGAAAGGAAUUCCGCAAUGCGGAUGCACAAGUUAAUGUAGUUACAUCACUGCUGACAUUGGCGUCUUGCUAUCACAACAUAGCUCUUCCUUAUUUUAUGAACUCCAUUCAUGAAUGCAAAUAUCUCAGUGUGGAAUGUGAAAAUUACAAAUUUUAUUCCGAAGAAAACUGUGAUUCUGAUACAAAUCCUAUUAAUAGAAUGGGCUUGUAUUGUCAUAAUCAAAGUUCUCAUCAGCUGUACCGUAAUCCUUCAUUGGACAAAACCCUAGACAAUAUUCCAACCCCUGGACACAUCCCAUACCAAGGCAAGAUGCAUUUUCGCUCCUCCUCUGGAAAAUCCACCAGGAUUGGACCUGCCUCCUACCAAAGACUCAAGACUAAAUACACUCCAACAUCGAACCAAGUUUACACUCAAGAACCAGACUUCAUGUACUCCAGCGAAUCUACCAACCCAGAACUCACCAUCAUUGAUUGUAGCUAA